UGGUUUCAUAGCCAGGCCUUUGUACACAUUCUCGUGUUGUGUCUAAAUGUGAAAUCGUUUUUUUCUCUCUCUGAAGUGAUCUCUGAAAUUUCAAAAAGCAACUUCAAAUUAAACUCAGUAUACUAGAAAACCGAUAUAACCAAAAGAAAGCCCAAGAAAUGUUGACCUCGAAUCAGUCUACUGAAUUCCAGAUGAUGGACUGCGGCACCGAGACGCUAACCGAUUCCCGUUCCAGCUCCAGUCCGGACCUGAAAGCCCUUUCGGAGAUGGAUCUGCGUAAGCCGCUCAAGGAGAUCGGCGAUCAGCGUUUGAAGCAUCCCUUGGAGAAUACAUGGACACUGUGGUAUCUGGAGAAUGAUCGCACCAAGUCCUGGGAGGACAUGCAAAACGAAAUCACUAGCUUCGACAUGGUCGAAGACUUCUGGAGUCUCUACAAUCACAUCAAGCCACCAUCCGAUAUCAGAGUCGGUAGCGAUUAUUCGCUGUUCAAGAAGGGCAUACAGCCAAUGUGGGAGGAUGAGGCCAAUAAGUAUGGCGGACGCUGGGUUAUCAAUAUGGGGCGUGGCUCCAAACUGGAGAUCGACAAGCUCUGGCUAGAUGUGCUACUCAUACUGAUUGGCGAGGCCUUUGAUAACACUGAAGAAGUCUGCGGUGCUGUUAUCAACUUGCGUGGGAAGAGCAACAAAAUUUCAAUUUGGACCGCCAACGGGCUCAACGAGCCGGCCGUCAUGGAGAUUGGACUCAAGCUACGCGACCUGCUCGUUCUGCCGCCCCACCAACUGCAGUACCAGCUGCACAAGGACUCCAUGUCCAAGCAGGGAUCGUUGGUCAAAUCGGUUUAUUGCGUGUAAGCCGCCGCCCUGGUUCCAUGGAUGCCACACAACAACGCAACCACCCAACCA